GAAUAACUAACGCUAAAGUUGGUUUUUGUAGAGCUCCGCGAUAUAAGUCAACCAACAAAAUAAAAUGCCUUCAGGUAAAAACUUUAGGAGGAGAAAGGAGUCAUCAGAUGAUGAAGAGGAAGAUGAGACGACUGAAGAAGUCAGAUCAAAGCUAGAGGAAACUAAAGAAAUCCAAAGUUUAAGGAAACGCCAAAGCGGUGUCAGUCUGACAGCAUUACUCGUUGGAGAAAAACUCCCACCAGAAGCUGAAAUUGACAAUGACCCGUUUAAGCUCAAGACAGGAGGAGUGGUGGACAUGAAAAAGGUGAAGGAUAGAAAUAGAGACAUGACAGAAGAUGAGACGGAAUUGAAUCUGGGCACAUCCUUCUCAGCUGAAACUAACAGAAGAGAUGAAGAUGCCGACAUGAUGAAGUAUAUAGAGACAGAGUUAAAAAAGAAAAAAGGAUUGGUGGAAACCGAAGAACAAAAAGUCAAAGUAAAAAAUCCUGAGGACCACCUCUACGAACUUCCCGAGAACAUCCGAGUCAAUUCUGCCAAGAAGACAGAGGAGAUGUUGUCCAAUCAGAUGCUGAGUGGGAUCCCAGAAGUUGACCUUGGCAUCGAUGCGAAGAUAAAGAAUAUUAUCCAGACAGAGGAGGCAAAAGCAAAACUAAUCGCUGAGCAAAGGAACAAGAAAAAAGACAAUGGCACAUCGUUUGUGCCCACUAACAUUGCAGUGAAUUACGUUCAACAUAACCGCUUCUAUCAUGAAGAUUCAAACGCAGCACAAAGGCAUCACAGACACAAAGAACCAGAGCCCAAACCAAGACCGCUGCGUGUGGGUGAUACAGAGAAACCAGGCCCAGACGCUCCAUCCCCACCCAACUACCGCAAACGGCCGAACAACGAGAAGGCCACAGAUGACUACCACUAUGAAAAGUUCAAGAAGAUGAAUCGAAGAUAUUGAAAAAUAAGAAGACAGUUUUUUAUCCCGAGUCCAACAAUUGUUCUCAGUCUUGGUUAUGUAGACCCAUCAGUGGAAUAACUUCAUCUUAAAUGUUGUAACAUACAUUAUAUAAUAGCUAUAGAUGCAAAUUUUGCUUCUUGGAUACAAAUGUCACAAGUAAGGAAAUAUUAGAAAGUUACCCUCUGUACAAGAUUUUUGAAAUAUCAAAAGUAGAAGGAUUUUCUGUGUUUAAUAGUUUAGAUAAUUCACAUUUAUUGCAGCUUCUUCAGAUUUAGAUCUUGGUCAGUAAGCACCUUCCUUUGUGUUUGCAGAUUUAAAUCAACAUCAAUGCUAAAACACAUAAAUUCACAUUGAAACCAAAUCUUUUUUGCAACAUUUUUGAAUGUCAACAGGAUAAUUGGUUUAGAUGAAAUUUUAAACCCUCAAAACAAGUCAACUUUACUUUAACAUGCUGAAAGACUGAACAAUUUCCUCAAAUGAAUUUAGAUGUACAUAACUUAUGUUUCUUUAAUUUUUUUUGAAAAGAUAAAACCAUUAUUGAUGUGUUCUUUUAUUUUGGGCAUAAUUUUUAAAAUGAAAAUAGCAAAAAAUGUUAGACAUUUCUGUAUCCCUGUCAUCAUUUUUUUAGGUUUGCUUCUUAAGUGUAAAUAUUUAAGUCAAACAGUAUGCAAUGUUCAAAUAUUAAAGUUAUUUUUUAUUAUUGUGAA